AUGCUUGUACGGCCGUUGAACAACGAACAUGAUCUACAAAGAAUUAACGAAAUUCAGAUCCGGCUAGACGCAUUGACAAGGUUUGUUUUUGAAAGAACAAGGCCGAAGCAAGUUGGGGCAACUAUGAUGAUGGGUCCCCGCACCAUAUCCUCUUCAUGGCAGACUUCAUACGGAAUAGAGGGUGAAUAA